AGUACAUUAUGAAAUGUUGCUCACUUAUAUUACGAGGUAUUCUCGUGGUAAGCAGAAUUAAACGCGUCGAGUAGUAUAUCAUCUCUGCCAUCUCUCACAACAAAAGCAUUAACAUAUUAUAUCUUCGGUUUUGGAACAAAUCCUUACAAAAAAGAAGCAGAAAAAAACGUUUAUUACCACUACGCACAGUAUGCUCACGCUGAAAGGGAAUUUGCAGUUUCCUUUGACAACACAAAUUUAGCGGGCCUGGUGAUAGAGAAACUGUGGAAACAUUCGUUUAUAUUCGGAAUUGUUCGUGAGUGUUCGGUGUCAUACUUUCGAGUUUGCUUAUGUUUUGCUAUUGGCCCACGCUGUCAGUGUGUAAUGCGGUUGUGGUGGGUUCGUAAUGAGCGCCAGCUGAAGUGGUAACAGGUAUCAAACAUGGGAUUAUACUUUGCCACGUUGAUUGCGGUGUUGUUUAUGUUCCAAAUCACCCAUUCAAACGAGCCAGAAAAAACAACUGUUCCUUGGUAUGAGUCUUUACCGGCGGUAGCAAUGGAUUAUAAAGUUCACAUUGAUCCUGGAAAGGAAGAUUGCUACUUUCAGUAUGUUAACCCGGGUGCAACUUUCUACGUGAGUUUCCAGGUUCUACGUGGAGGAGACGGCAUGGCUGGCUUUGCAGUACGCCAUCCGAAUGGGCAAAUUGUUCAUCCAUAUCAGUGGAGACCAAAUUCGGAUUAUCAAGAUGUGGGGUCUGCUGGAGGGUAUUACAGUGUAUGCAUAGAUAAUCAGUUUUCAAGGUUUGCUGCAAAGUUGGUGAACCUCUAUCUUACAGUCAUAAGGUAUGACCAGUGGGAUAAAUUCACCAAAGAAGUUGAGGACUUGAACCUUAGCGUUGAAAACUUCACAUCAUCAAUCAAAAAUGUAGAGCGGAACAUAAACGAGAUGCUGCAAUAUCAACAUCAUUCCAGAGGAAGAGAAGCUCGUGAUUAUAAUCUGUUAAUUGAUAAUAAUAAAUAUGUGCAGAAUUGGUCUUUGGCUCAAAUCAUUGUUAUUGCUGCAACUACAGUUCUGCAGGUGUAUUUUGUUAGAAAACUGUUUGAUAUUAAAGAUGGAAGGCGAGGAAGAAUAUAGAAGUAUUGUUUCCAGAGAAUUUGUUCUUGUUUUCUAUAAAAUUUUGGAAGUAUUAUUUCAGUAUGCAACGAGUUUUCAGUAUUUUUAGUAUUGUUUGGUUUUCAUGGGUUUGACAAAUAAUACAAUGUAAUUGACUUCAGUUCAAGACAGUUAACUUCUUGAUAGUAUAAGGCAUAGCCUUUGAUGUUUGAAGUACUUCUAUUGAUUUGUAAGAUAUUCAUUGACUUAAACACUUUAUAAACAUAAAUAAAGAUGUUAGAUUUAAUUAAAAUUUUAUUGGUAAAAUUUUUAAAAGUAAAAAAUGUAAAGUGAACAAUUAAUGUUAGGUGUGGUUUUAAUUGCUGUAAACGAGAGAAUCCAUGCAAAAUACAUAAAAAGAAAUCAUUAUCGCUUACUUGUCAUCCCAAUCAUAGUGUUUACACUAAAUAUCUGUCACCUUCUACUUAUCAUUCCAAAUUUAUACAACACAUUUUUUUUAUGUAAAUGGUGAAGUAGUGUUUUGUACUUUUCUAUCAUAAACAAAUGUUCCAUUUAAUGAUAUUACUAUUUUUGUGUUACUAGAUGCACUACUUAAUUGAUCAUGAAUUUAUUCUGUGGACUAAGUUUUCAGAUUUCUUUUUUGUUUGUGUGUGUACUAGUAAUAAAUUGGCAUUCACUCAUUUACAUCAACUUUCACAGCAUUUAAAUGUUAAAAAUCUUCCCAAUAGGAACCUAAGACAUAAAUACAACAAAAAAUAGAUAUUGACAUUAAAUAUUUUUAUUGUUCAAUGUUGUAACUCCUGUAUGAGUCUGAAGAUAUGGUCCAAUGUUAAAUAUUACUAAAGACAUAAAAUUUAUGGAGGUAUCUGUGGCAACACAGAUUGUAAGAAAUGGAAAUUGAUGUAGAGAAAAUAUGAAGGAUACAGAAUUAUUUAUAAACAGAAUGGGGAUCAAAAUAAAUUAUUUGAGAUUUUCCAUUCUGAUAGUUAAGUAAUCAUUGUACUAUUUGUUUUGCAUUUAAGAACUCUAUUUUACUCAAUCAAGAAAAUUAAUGUUUUUCUGUACCUUCUAUUAAAUCUCUGUGAGCCUAGAUUUGUGAAAUAAAGACUUACUUUCUGACUGGUAGUCAGGAUUGAGACUGGCAUAAUGUAAAUACAGUGUAAUGUGUUAUACUGCAUUGUCUAUUACUACUUUUGUAUUUGAGAAUUUGAUAAAGUUGAUAAUUUAAAUUGUGUAUAUUGGCUUUUUGAGUGUAGCAUGAAUAAAUCCUGUUAAUUUAGAGAGGAUAUCAAAUUGUUAGCCUGUGGGACAUAAUCAUCUCAGUGUACCAUAUUCUUGUGGCUCAUAAUAUAUUGUGUAUUUACACUUUUUCAAAUGUUGAAAACAGAUGACCUUUGAAAAUCGUUUGGAGGUUUCUAGAAUUUUAUAUCAUAAAAAUGGCUCACAGAAAAAGUUUGAUAACCUUGACCUCUAAUAAUUGUCAGGCUUUGUCUUACAAACCAGAUUUACUUAAGGCCCUAUGCACGAGCAUUGUGUUGACACGUGUUAAGUAGCUGUAUCUUACAAAAACGGCACCCAAGCACUUUAUCUGUUCUCCAUAAGAUACUGUGUUAAUCUAUGAUGUGCAUUACUUAUCCUGUGACAACACAAAGCUCAUAUGACUCAGGCCUUAGGGAGCAUGUGAGUGUAUAGCGAGAUUAUUAGACUACUAUGCCGAAGGAGCACAAAAAUUUGUGUGCCCUUGUGGAAUAUUGUGUAUCAUGCACAAGAAUGUACUGUCAGUUGUGGCUUUUCAGAAAAUUGUUUCCGAGUCUCCUAAUCCAAAAAUCUUACAAAAUCAGAAAAAUAAUACCCAAUUAUUGGAGAAAAAUGUUCAAUAAAUUGUGUAAUUUUAGGCGUGAAAGUACAUUAUUUCGUUUAGGAAAGAGAAGUUGACAUCAAGAUUCCUUACAAAAUGAAAUUCAGUGAGAAAUUACAUCCUACAAUGAGAGAGUCACAGUAUAAUAAGAAUGUAAAGUAAAAGAACAUGUAUAUUUUCAGUGUAGUUUGAUAUUUUCAGCAGUUUGUUGCAGAUGCACAGGUAUUGUAUCGUAAGAAGAAUAAAUUGAAGAUUAUUUUACUAAAGACUGUAUCCAUAUGUUUAUUAAAUGCUACAUUUUAAUACUUGAAUAUUCAUUAAAACUUCUGUGAUUCUGAUUCACAAUUUUAAUAUCAAGUUCCAACUUAAGGUUUUGAGAAGGUAAUUAUGAUGAAGUUUAAAAUUGUUUAACAAAGAAAUCAGUGGAGCUUGAAACAUCAGAAAUAACAAUGGAUAUGACACUGAUCCACUUUGGCACUCGUGUGGUAACUAUGUCAAAAUUUGGAGAAUCCUUAAAAGACCCUAAGUUAUUUUAAUGACGUCAAAUUUAUGAGACAUCUUAAGUGGAGAAUUUUUUUAAAAAAAUUAUUGUUUUCUGAUCUUGUGUGGCCAUGAUGAUGGAAUUAUAUUUUCUGAAACAUUGGCAAACAACUAUGUAGUGGAAAUUUUAUUCUCCACACAGCAAGCCCCAUAAACCUGCCCUUUAUUAUGACAAAAUUAGAAUGGAAUUCUUAAAGGCGUUAAGUGACA